CAGGACGCUGGCAUAUACAGCCUUUCAUAGGCAUGUCUUUGCUGUUGGAACAAUAGUGCAACACAUCCAAUCCGGUAUUCUUGAUUGGGUCUCCUGGGAACGUGACCAUGAGCAAGAACACAGCUCGCGGCCUCUCAUUCGAGCUCUUAUUGAACAACUUCAGCACUUUGGGUUGUAUAACUCCCUCUUUGAGAGCUUCUACUUACAGAAAACCCACGAGCUGUAUUUGUCAAAAGGCGUAAAGGCGAGGCAGGACUUGGAUCCACAGCCAUUUAUUCUCCAAAAUGGAGAAUUUGCAGCCGGAGAGGAGAGUCGGGCUAAGGCUGUGUUGCCUGACAUCAGCAUCAGCAAGGUCUCUCGUGCGACAGAUACGGCCUUUCUGGCACCUCACGCAGACUGGGUGGUAAUGCCAGCGUUGAAGAAACUCAUGCCUGGUCCAGAUAUAGUGUAUCUACAACACAUGUACCGACUAUACGUCAAGAUAGGCUGCUUGUCAGUUCUGGCGGCUGCUCUCAGGCUAUACGUCAAGGAUUUUGUCUACGGCAUCUUCACAGAUGGCCGGCCUGAUGAUCAAAGAGUUGCCGCACUGUUCACUCAAAGGAAAGCAUACUUUGCAGUGCUUGACAAUGCCUUCUAUGAUGAAGUCCCUAUUUUGCCUUCAAUAUUUGUGGCUUCCUCAGGUCCCUCUCCCGAAACACGCGUCAUAGAGUGUGUUCCCAACCGUGAGCUUGCCUCUGCAAUCCUAGAUGGGAUUGGAGAAGGUCUGAAGGCAAGUCCCGAUAAGUUCGCGGAGUUGCUCGCAAAUUAUCUGCACAAGACUCUCCUGCGUGGACCAAAGGGGAGAGAUGUGGCAGAUUAUCACACAGAUCUGGAAGUUGUGCUUUCAUUAUACUGUUUCACCAACAGCAAGGACGUCUUCCGGAUCUACUACCACCGGACUCUUGCAAAGCGUUUGCUGCUUGAGUCAUCUGCCUCGUUGGAAUAUGAGAGGUUUGUAUUAGCGAAGCUCAAAGAAGACUACGACCCCAUGUUAGGUGUAGGCAAUGGAAUGCUUGCGGACAUUGCCCAUUCCAAAGAGCUCAGUCUCGAAUUCAAGGAGAAGCGACUGGGGCACCCGACGCUGUCAAUUUUUGUGCUGAAGCACACUAACUGGCCAUUUGCUCUGCAUAAAACCAAGGUGGUCCUACCAGUCUGGAUGUCUAUCGAGCUAACAAAAUACAAGCGAUUCCAUAAGGAUAAGUACGAGAACCAGGUUAUUGAAUGGGACCAUGCACUCGGUUAUGCCACGCUCAUUGGGAAUUUUGACUUGGGGUCGAAGGAGCUGAGCGUUGACCUUCUUCAAGCGGUCGUCCUCCUGUUAUUCAACGACACGGAGGAGAUACCCUUCCAGGGUAUUGCAACACGGACCAAGAUCGAACAGCCCGAGCUUCGCCGAAUUCUCCAGAGUCUCGCUUGCGGAAAGAAGCGCAUCCUGAGGAAGCGGCCCGCAGGAAACGAGGUUAACGGCUAUGAUAUCUUCUCGUUCAACGCCAAAUUCUCGGACCCUGAGUCCCGGAUACACAUCAACCCUGUGCCGGUCACGGUAAAGACAGAAGAAGCGGACCAGGCGGAGGAAGGCGUCCACACUGAGCACAAGUACGCGCUCCGUGCCGCUAUUAUACGAGUCAUGAAAGCCAAGAGAAAGCUUUCCCGCGAGCAGCUCGGAGCCGCUGUGGCCGAGGCUGGAAUUUCGAAGUUCUUCCCCCCGCCGAGUGUUGCGCUCAUGGACGAGUGCAUCGAAGGCCUUGUGCGGGAUGACUACUUGGGAAGAGCUGCUGAUGCUGAGUCGAAUAUGCUGCACUACAACCCGUACUGAAAAUUUGGUAGUAGUUUUGUCGGUAUGACCUGAUAUAUCAGAUAGAUUCAGGGCUCGAACCCGCCUUUAGUAGUCUC